UGUGCGCAUUGCAAUUCCCCCAUUCGGUAGCAUCGCGGGGUACUGGGCCUUUCGUGUUCGUUACGUGAUGCUAUGUCAUGCCAUGCGAACCUUCUUUAAGCAUAAAGAUGCGGCCCCGCCAUGCGCUCGAGGGCCACUUACUUGUUGACGAUAAAAGCAACACGCAGACCACAUCUGGGCCUCUGUCUGGUAUCACCGAACGACUAUACUCAACAACGCUGAACGAACACCGAGUAAUACAGUAAAGCAUAUAACAUACCAACAAAACUAAAUAAGAAAACACGCAACCAUGGCCACGUCACAAGCAGCCUACGCGGCUGAGAAGGCCAUUGGCCACGAGAAGGGAGGCUCCAUCAUACAGCAAGACAUCUCCGAGUACAGCAAGACCGGCGACCCUUCGCACACCAUGAAGGCACUCGUGUGGAUGGGCAAGAACAAGGUCGAGGUCCACGACGUUCCCCGACCCAAAAUCGUCGAGGACGGCGAUGUGAUUCUGAAGGUCACCGGCAGCACCGUGUGCGGAUCUGAUCUCCACCUUCUCCACGGUUCCGUCGUUCAGCUCAACAAGGGUGAUAUCCUGGGACACGAGUUCUGCGGUAUCGUGGACGAGGUCGGCUCGGCCGUCACCAAGUGUCAGAAGGGAAAGAGAUAUGUGGCCAGUUUUCAGAUCGCAUGUGGAGAUUGCUUCUUCUGCAAGCAGAAGCUGAGCUCGCAGUGCGAGAAGACGAAUGCCAACCAGACCCACAAGAGCAUGUACGGCACUCAGACCGCCGGUAUGUUCGGCUACAGCCAUUUCGUUGGCGGUUUCGCCGGUGGCCAGGCCGAGUACGUCAGGGUUCCCCUGGGCGACGUGAACCUGCUGGAGAUUCCCGACGGCGUCCCGGAUGAGAAGGCCCUGUACCUCAGCGAUGUCCUCCCCACAAGUUACAACUGUGCCCACGACACGGCCAUCUACAAGGGCGACGAGGUCGCCAUCUUCGGAGCCGGUCCCAUCGGGCAGAUGGCGGGUGUGUUCGCUGCCAACGCCGGCGCAAGCAAGAUCAUCUUCGUCGACACCGAGCCCAGACUCACGACCAUUAAAGACAAGUGGCCCGCCCGACACCAGGACAAGUUCGAGUCGAUUGACUACAAGAAGCUCAGCUUUGGCGUCACGAACAAGGAGACCGUUGUUUCGAAAUUAAAAGAGAUGUGCGGUGGCCGUGGCCCCGACGUUGCCCUUGAGUGUGCCGCUGGAGAGUAUGCCAAGGGUUGGUUGCACUGGCUGGAGAUGCAAGUCGGCGCCGAGACCGACACGAGCGAGAUCCUGAAUGAGAUGAUUGAGGGUGUCAGGAAUUUCGGCAGAUGCGGUAUUACCGGUAUUUAUGUCGGAUACACCAACCACUUCAACAUCGGUUCAUUGAUGGAGCGUGGUGUUCGCCUCAUUGGUAAUGGUCAGGCACCUGUACACAAGUACUGGGAAGAUUUGAUGGAGCAGAUCAAGACUGGCGACCUCGACCCUCUUCAAAUGGUCUCCCACCGUUACAGAAUCGAAGAUAUCGACAAGGUCUACUACGCAUUUGAGAGCCAGAAGGACGGCAUCCAGAAGGUCUUCAUUGAGACCAAGUUCUCGCUGCCGGCUUGUGAGGGCAGCCCCAAACUGACGACUUUUUAAAUGUGAUACCCCAGGUUUAAUGGGCUUGUAAGCAUGCACACAAGAGAUGAAGCGCGAGCAUGGUAGUUGGGGGAAAUGGACGACUUUAUGAAUUGAAUAUUGAUUAUCAUCCACCUCUCGUCUUGUUGUGAUGUUGUACGCCACCACAUGCACCCUAUACCGGCUCCAAUAUCAAGACAGUACUCCAUAAGUAACCAAGUCGAUUCAACCCUUCAAACCCAAGUGACUCAACAUUGCCAACAAUGGUUCUUCCUAAGGCAGAUCUACUCCGUUCGUGCCGCCUCCCAGCUCCGGUCCCAUUCCUGCACCAUGUCCUGGCCAUCGCUCCGGCCAGACGGCAGGCCAACAGCGACCAUCUCAUGUGUCUGCGGGUCCAUCAUGUAUUGUUGUGUCCAUUCAGAGGACUGCGAGCUCGAAC